GCCAAAAUCGAAAAGUUGUUUUCUGCCAGAAAGUAAACAAACAGCUUGUUCGGUGGUUUCACUGACGGAGUUUGUCUGUUUGAAAGCACGUUUGGAUCAUUUAGACUCUUAACUGAAAAUGGACCCGACGGCACGGUUCUUUGCGAAGCUGAAAAAGCUGGCGGUGACUUUAGAGUCAGAAACUGCCAAGCUCCAGGAAACCUUUGAAAACCGCAACAACGACGGUGUCACUGACAGCGACACCACAGCGAAAGCGAUGCGAGCAUAUCACGAACUGAACUGUGACGUCCGGAACAUGAAGGGGCAGAUCCAGGAACAGUUGGUUCAGCAGAAAGCAAAGGAGAAUGAGGUUAGCAGCUUCAUUAAAGCGAGCAGAGUGAUGGAGCAGAAGGUCACUAAGGACAUCCAGGCACUUAAGGCACACUGGGAAAAAUAUGGUUACCAAGCCCCCCAAGACACAGAGAGAACAAUUAAGGCCAAAGGUCAGGAGUCUGAGGCUGAAGUUGAAGAAGUAGGUGAUAAUGAAACCAAGUCAGCAGGAGGAGAAGAGAUUGGAGAUGAUCAAUCCUCAUCAUCCCUAAAAGUGGGACCUCCACCUUUCACUGAUGUGCUGCGCACCCCGCAGCUCUCUGACUUUGGCCUGUCUGAGAUGCAGCUGAAGAGAGCCCUGGCUGGGGCGGAGUGGUGCUCCGAAGUGCCCCCUAUGCCUCAAAUGAGCCUCCCUCACCCCUCUCUCAACACGCCUGCACCGCCACCCAUGCCCUUAACUCCCAAAUGUGCUCUGCGGAUGGAUGACGAUGAGCUACAGACACCCCAGAUGCAUGACUUUGGCAUCUCAGAGCACACCAUGUGUCUGAACAACGACUUCACUAUGGAUCUGUUCCGGAAGAACGUUGAAAAGCCCCAAAGACCACCACUAGAAAUGCCUGCACCACCAGUGAACACUCUAAUGGAGAGUUUGCAGAGAAAAGCAAACAACUUGGAGUCCCCAGAGCCACCUGUGUUUUGCACCCCCGGGUUCAAGAUCAAAAAGACAAAUGGUCACUGCAAUGGUGAACCAGAAUCCCCCAGUUGCCCUGAUAAUGUGCCUUCCACCCCUGAGGUGCCAGCGUUUCAAACCCCAUACGUGAACCGACUGGUCAGCACCAAAAAGAGUGCACAGCAGCCUGAACCUGUCAGCGUACAAGUUGAUGAUGAUGAUGAUGAUCAAAGCCAAACCUUUGAACUUCCAUCACCUACUCGUAAUGGAGCAACCUGCUCCAAACGCACCUGGAAAUACGAUGUGCCAGAGAGAUCCAUCUUGAAUGUGGAGGACGAGCAGAUGCCAGCGAUGCCAAACCUGGAGUCUGUUUUGGGAAAUUCUUUACAAAGUAGAAGUGCAAAAAUGCCGAAGAAGACUACUGAGCAUGAAAAAGUGACGAAAGAUCCCACUGUCAACAGUCUGGAGCUGGACGGACCCACCCAGGAGUUCAGCUUGGGGACACCUCGCAUCAGGAGGGACUACCAAGAGCCCGGCACCCCAGAGAUGCCAGACCUCAGCUCUGUUACACAGGACAUCUGUAAACUUUUGUCCCAGGCUCAGGUGAAGAAGUCCCACAUGGUGGUUGUGCAACCACACGUCCGACCGGAAAAGGAUAAAAACAGAUCUGUGAGUCUGUCUGUGGUGUCAGAGAGCGAGUUCCAGAGUUUACCCAGCUACCUGAGGCAGAUGACUCUGUCCAGCCUCAACCAGGCAGUCCACAACAUCAACACAUUCACGGCAGAGUGUCAAGGGGAAAAGACAGAGUUUCCGAUGGAGGAGCUGAAGAAGAUAACCAAUGUUGGAACCAGGACCCCCAUAUACAUCCUCUGUCUAACCGAGCUCAAGAGGCUGCAGCAUGUGGGAGGAGCAAGGAACACCUCUGUGUACAAACUGAAUACACACUACUAACAGCUGCCUGGAUACAUUACACUUUGUCUCAUCGGGACCUCAAACGUAGCCUCAUCUAGACUCACAAAAACCUCAUUGUAUAUCCAUCUUUAAGUUACAGAGACACUGGUCUCUGGAUGCCUGUUUCUAUCAAUACACACUGCAGGAAAAAAACAACUUCACAAAAGGAAUCCUCAUUGUAUGUGUCCCAGAUUGGGAAUAAAUCUGAAGCAUAGCUAGUCAUUAA